AUCAGAUGUAGCGCUUCUGGAGAGAGUUUAAGUCUGUCGCUUCUUUAAGAACAUCAUGAAGUACUGCUGGAGUUUACUCGCUCUACAACUCUUGAUUGUGAAUGGUGUGUUUGGAGAUGACACGGAUGAAAUCAAGUCAGUGAUCGAGAGAGAUUCAGUCACUCUAGACACAAAUGUUGAAAAACAGAAAAGUGAUAUGAUUGUGUGGGGUUUUGGACCUGAAGACACUCUUAUUGCUCAAAUCAAUGGAGAGGCCAACAGCAUGCGUGUAUAUGAUGAUGUUCUUGAUGGGAGAUUUAAAGACAGACUGGAGUUGAACAGUAAAACUGGAUCUCUCACCAUCAGAGACAUCAGAACUGAACACUCGGGACUUUACAUGCUCAGGAGAACCAGUAAUAAGGUCUCAUACACAACAUUCAGUGUAACUGUUAAUGAGAGGAAAUCAGAGAUUAAGAAGACUGAGGAGAUUGAGGAGAUUGAGGAGAUUGAUGAGUCUACUCCCGGUCGAUCACAUUCAGAUUCUAUCAUCAUCAUCAUUACGGCGUGUACGGCUGCAGUAUUAAUUGUUAUAAUCUCAGCUGUGAUCUGCUUCAGGAAACACAGAGAGGAUCUAAAAGCUUUAAUAAAAGUGCAGACUUCUGAAACUGACGUUCUGACUGAAAAAAGACGACUUCAGGACAAAAUUCAGCAACAAGUUUGAAGGUUAACUAACCUGAAAAGACUUUUUAAUGGCAGGUUUUGACGACACUUUAUUGACCUCAUGAUGUGUUUUAAUGAACAAUGUCCUGCUGUACUAUCUUUUGUAUAUUUAUUGUAUAUUUAUUGUCUUUAUUAAGUGUUUUUUACUUGAAGAACAAUAAAGAUUGUGAAUAAUUUAAUUACAUUUUAAAUGUCACAACACAAUUAAAAGCAUAUGUGAUAAUCCAGAGGAAA